UACUAAACGGACUUUUUUUUAUUUUUAUUUUUUUUAUAAACGGACAGUCAUUUAAUGGUCAGUAACCUAAAUGUUUAAAUCGUCACAGUUUGAAAAUAUUUGGUCACUCAAUUAAUUUGACAGAGUAAAAGUUCAGAAAGACGCCCCAGUGACGUCACAUCUAGUGAUUCAGGCCGAUAGUACCUAGUCACAGUAUGUAACUCAACUCCGUCUGAUGUCAUAAAGAGUAACUGAAGCCCUGAACUACUGAAAGCAUCUGAACCGCCUCUUACCGGGAGGAGAGAAGAAAAACAUGGCGAACUUUCCUCUGGAAUAACUGUUUUCUGAAGAACUGCUGCGCGUUUCUUUAAGUAACGUUCCCGAGCGUGAAUUCAUUGAUGUAUCAACACGUUUAGUCUGGUAACGAGGCUGUUUCUCAUGCACUCGGAGCGUGUGAAGGAUCAUGGGAGGAGAGUUUGAAACAGUUGGAUACUACUAAAGCAGGACAGGAUGGAGAAACAAGGGACAAGACGCGAAAAGUUUGGUCUGUUUGGAGCGCGAGCGCUGGGCAGGGCUGUGCACGCCGCCACCGACGGCCCGGGCCUCAGCAAGGCCGAGUUCAUGGAGAAGGUGCGGCAAAGCAACGAGGCCUGCCAGCUGGGAGACUUCCAGACGGCCGUGAAGCUUUACGGAGAAGCCCUGCGCGCCGACCCGCAGAACUGCAUCCUUUACAGCAACCGCUCGGCCGCCCGCCUCAAACUGGGCCAGUACCAGACCGCCCUGGACGAUGCAGUCAAAGCCCGCCUCCUUAACCCCAAGUGGCCGAAGGCAUACUUCCGACAGGGUGUUGCCCUUCAGUACCUGGGGCGCCAUGCGGACGCCCUGGCCGCCUUCGCCUCGGGACUGGCACAGGACCCCAAGAGCCUGCAGCUGCUGGUGGGAAUGGUGGAGGCCGCCAUGAAGUCCCCGCUAAGAGAAUCCCUGGAGCCGACCUACCAGCAGCUGCAGAAGAUGAAGCUGGACAAGAGUCCGUUUGUGGUGGUGUCUGUGAUUGGUCAGGAGCUGCUGACCGCCUCCCAUCACGGCGCGUCUGUGGUGGUCCUGGAGGCGGCGCUGAAGAUCGGCACCUGCAGCCUCAAGCUGCGCGGCUCUGUUUUCUCGGCGCUCAGCAGCGCUUACUGGUCAUUGGGCAACACGGAGAAGAGCACCGCCUACAUGCAGCAAGACCUGGAGGUGGCCAAAACUUUAGGUGACCAGACGGGUGAAUGCCGCGCUCACGGGAACCUGGGGUCAGCCUUCUUCUCCAAGGGGAAUUACCGCGAGGCACUGAGCAACCACAGACACCAGCUCGUCCUGGCCAUGAAACUCAAGGACAGAGAGGCAGCGUCUUCAGCCCUCAGCAGCUUGGGUCACGUGUACACGGCCAUCGGCGACUAUCCCAAUGCUCUGGCCAGCCACAAGCAGUGUGUCCUGUUGGCCAAACAGUCCAAGGAUCAGCUCUCUGAGGCCCGGGAGCUAGGCAACAUGGGAGCUGUCUACAUCGCCAUGGGUGACUUCGACAAUGCCGUACAGUGCCACGAACAGCACCUGAGCAUCGCCAAGAGCCUCGGCAACAAGCGCGAGGAGGCACGUGCCUACAGCAACCUGGGAAGUGCUUACCACUACCACCGCAACUUCGACAAGGCCAUGUCCUACCACACGCAUGUGCUGGAGCUUGCACAGGAACUUGAGGAGAAGAGCAUCGAAAUGAGGGCAUACGCGGGGCUGGGCCACGCUGCCCGAUGCAUGCAGGACCUGGAGAGGGCAAAGCAGUACCAUGAACAACAGCUCAACAUUGCAGAAGGCCUGAAGGACCGUGCCGCAGAGGGCAGGGCUUCAUCAAACCUGGGAAUCAUUUACCAGAUGAAAGGGGACUACGAGACCGCUCUGAAGCUGCACAAGGCUCAUCUAUCCAUUGCCCAAGAGCUAAAUGACUAUGCGGCCCAGGGCAGAGCGUAUGGAAACAUGGGAAAUGCUUACAAUGCCCUCGGUGCCUUUGACCAGGCCGUACGCUACCACAGACAAGAGCUGCAGAUUUCCAUGGAGGUUAACGAUCGUGCCUCACAAGCUUCGACACAUGGGAAUCUGGCGGUGGCUUACCAGGCUCUAGGGGCGCAUGAUCGAGCCUUGCAACAUUACCAGAAUCAUCUGAACAUUGCUCGAGAGUUGAGGGACAUCCAGAGUGAGGCUCGUGCCUUGGGCAACUUGGGUAAUUUUCACUGUUCUCGGGGAGAGUUUCCCCAAGCCGUACCCUACUAUGAACAAUACCUACGGCUUUCCCCGGACUUGCAGGAUAUGGAGAGCGAGGGUAAGGUCUGCCACAAUUUGGGAUAUGCACACUACUGUCUGGGAAACUUCCAGGAGGCAGUGAAGUACUACGAACAAGAUCUGGCACUUGCUAAGGACCUCCACGAUAAGUUAAGUCAAGCCAAAGCCUACUGUAAUCUGGGCCUGGCUUUCAAGGCUCUUGGAGACUACAGCAAGGCGGAGGAGUGCCAGAAGUACCUUCUUUCCUUGGCGCAAUCGUUGAACAACUCCCAGGCUCGAUUCCGCGCCUUGGGCAACCUUGGAGACAUCUUCCUUUGUAAGAAAGACGUUCCCGGGGCCAUCAAGUUUUACGAGCAGCAGCUGUCCUUGGCACACCAAGUCAAGGAUCGCAAGAUGGAGGCAAAUGCCUACGCCGCGUUGGGCGCCGCCUACAGAAUGCUACAGAAAUACGACAAGGCCUUAGGGUACCACACCCAGGAGCUUGAGGUGUACCAGGAGCAAGGCGACAUCCAGGGAGAGUGCCAGGCUCAUGGACACCUCGCUGCCGUCUACAUGUCUCUUGGAAAGUACACCAUGGCCUUUAAAUGCUACGAGGAACAGCUUGAGCUCGGCCAGCGACUGAAGGACCCCAGCAUUGAGGCCCAGGUUUACGGUAACAUGGGCAUUACGAUGAACAUGGGAGUAAUGGAGGAAGCCAUUGGCUAUUUUGAGCAACAGUUGGCAAUGUUGCAGCAGCUCAGUGGCAAUGAGGCCGUGCUGGACCGUGGUCGUGCUUAUGGGAACUUGGGAGACUGCUAUGACUCGCUGGGAGAUUUUGAAGAGGCAAUUAAGUAUUAUGACCAGUAUCUGUCUGUGGCACAGAGCCUCAACCAUAUGCAGGACCAGGAGAAGGCAUACAGAGGUCUUGGUAAUGGACACAGGGCGAUGGGGAACCUUCAGCAGUCUCUGGUGUGUUUUGAGAAGCGGUUGGUGGUGGCGCAUGAGCUGGGAGAGUGUGGAGGAAAAGCUCAGGCGUACGGAGAACUGGGCAGCUUGCACAGCCAGCUGGGUAACUACGAGCAGGCCAUCUCCUGCCUGGAGCGGCAGCUCGCCAUCGCCCGCGACACACAAGAUCGACUGCUGGAGGGUGAUGCCAGCUGUGGCCUGGGCGCUGUGUAUCAGCUGAUGGGCGAACACGACACGGCCCUUCAGUUUCACCAGCUGGACCUCCAGAUCGCAGAGGAGACGGGCAGCAGCAGCUGUCAGGGACGGGCCUACGGGAACCUGGGAGUCACUUACGAGUCGCUGGGUAAUUUCGAGCGUGCCGUGGUGUAUCAGGAGCAGCACCUGAGCAUCGCAGCGCAGACCAACGACCUGGUGGCUAAAACUCUGGCCUACAGCAGCCUGGGACGAACACACCACGCUCUGCAGAACUACUCACAGUCCGUCAUGUACCUGCAGGAAGGUCUGCGUCUAGCGGAGCAGCUGGGUCGUCGGGAGGAUGAGGCCAAGAUCCGACACCGUCUGGGGCUCUCACUGUGGGCCAGCGGCAAUCUGGAGGAAUCCCAGCACCAGCUGUACCGUGCGUCGGCUCUGUUCGAGACCAUUCGUCAUGAAGCGCAGCACAGCACCGACUACAAGCUCUCUCUGUUCGACCUGCAGACCUCCUCGUACCAGGCUCUCCAGAGGGUCCUUGUCAGCCUCGGUCACCAUGAUGAAGCUCUGGCCGUGGCGGAGCGUGGACGCACUCGGGCCUUUGCUGACCUGCUGGUGGAGAGACAGACGGGUCAGCAGGACUCUGACCCCUACACGCCCGUGACCGUGGAGCACAUCCUGGACACUGUGAACGGGCAGAGGGCCCUGGUGCUCUACUUCUCUCUGGCGGCAGGAUACCUGUACAGCUGGCUCCUGGCCCCCGGCUCCGGUAUCCUGAAGUUUCAUGAGGUGUAUCUGGGCGAGGGUGCGUCGGAUGGUGGCACAUCAGACUUCCAGGAGGGCGGCGGAGGCUCUGUGCCCGCGGCUGGCGGCUGUGGAGGCUCGUCUCUGGAGCAGCACAUCGCUAACACGCGGGAAGCUCUGGGAGUGGACUCAUACUACAGCCGAGCUUGUUCCAGCAGCGAGACAGAGAGCGAAGCUGGAGACCUGUUGGAUCAGCAGUUUGAAGAACUCAAUAAUAAACUCAACUCAGUGACCGACCCGACCGGCUUCUUGAGGAUGGUUUCCAGAAACAACCUCUUCAACAGGUCAGACGCGACAUUCAUCAUAUAAAUUCUUUCUGAAAGUGUUUUCAGACCACAUUUUUACUCUAAUGAAAGUGAACAAGGUCGAAAUGACAAAUAAACACCUUUAGAGUGACAUAAGAGGGGUUCAAAUGAGUCACCUGCUUUAUUCUAAGGCCAAAACUGACAAGUUCAUUAGACAAGUAGUGAUCAAACGAUUUCUUGAAAAGAUCCAAGUCAAAAGAACGAUUCUAGAAUUGGAAUCUUUUAAUAAAGUUGCAUCUUUUAUAUAUGAAUCAUUUGAUUCAUGUCAGAGAACCAGUUUGAUUGAUUAAUUCGCUGAUCUGGUUACUGGAAGUAAAGAUUAUUAGUGAAAAACAAGGAAAAGUUUGCCCUGAUUGCUUCAGAAGAGUUGAAAUGUAGCUCAUGAAUCGUGUUGACUAUUUUUAUGCCCUUUAUUGUUUUGUAAAACAAUUUUUCAAGACCUAAACAUCAGGUCUGCAAAGGUUAUUUAAGCUGAGAUAUGUCAUGUUUUUGAUAUGUUUUCAAGUCAAGCUCCAAAAUGACUAAUAAACAUGUCAUAAAAGAGGUUAAAAUUGAGUGAUUCCCGAUAUUUCAAGUCUUCUGAAGUCCUAUGAGAGUGAGGAACAGACCCAAAUUUGAGUGUUAAUCAUGAGAAAAAUAUCUAAAACAAGAAAGAUUCAUUUUUUUGCAUGACAACACUUGCCAGAGAAUCGGAAACUUGUCAUUUCUCAGGACAUUGGUACAUAGUUUUAACAUUUAACCAAAAUAAACCAUUUGAUAUGAAUCUACAAGAAGAGAAGGCACUCAAAGAGCAGAUGAAAACCCAAUCAACACCAAAUAAUUACGCAUCUUUUGCUCGUAAUGGAUCUAAACUUCUUUUUCUCAGUCCAUUGGCAAUAGAAAUGGUAUUUUUCGUUUUCUAUAAGUGGUUAAUUUUUUAUCUAAAGGAAGAGAAAGCUGUCAAACAGCAAAGAAAACCCCAAUCAACACCAGAUAAUUAAGCGAUUAAUAAACAUUAUGCUCAUAAUGGAUCUAAACUUAUUUCUCAGUCCAUUGGCAAAAAAAGAGACCAAUUUAUUAGCCAAAAUAAACCAUUUGGUAUUAAUCUAAAGGAAGAGAAACCAUUCAAAUAGUAGAGAGCAAAAAAAAAAAAAAA